GCAUCAUACUAGUUAUCAUUUUCGUGGAAAAUUUGCACCUGUUGUGUAUGCAAGAUUUUCACUCGAAAUAUUUUGAACCAGCAUACGUUGGUGCCAUCCUGUGAAAAUGAUAGUUUUCCUGUUUGCUCUUUUAUGCUUCACGCACGGUGGUUAUACUGAAGAAAGAGUGUUGGAAAAUGUGGAUCUAUUUGAAGGCGAUAUUUUGGGAAUAGAUCCUCACACGGAUCGAAAUGCUAUACCUAAAGAUUCUCAACGCUGGCCUGGAGGACGAGUCCCAUAUUUGAUGGAUCCUUAUACAACUUACGAUUCAAAAGAAACAGCUAUGAUCAAGAAAGCUUUUGCGGAGUUCGAAGAAAAGACUUGCAUCCGUUUUGUUGAGAAAGAAGAAGACGAGCAAGAUUAUGUGCUCAUAUUUGCCGGACGAGGGUGCUACUCAAAAGUUGGCAAGACAGGAGGCGUUCAGGCAUUAUCUUUUGGGAAGAACUGCUUUCAACAUCCCACUCUAGUACAUGAACUAGGUCAUGCCAUAGGGUUCUUCCACGAGCACACACGAUCUGACAGGGAUGAUUACAUAACUAUUCACUGGAGUGCCAUAAUGAACACCGCUAAAGAUCAAUUCUACAAGCUUAUGCCUGCAGAAAACCGAUUAUUGGAUUCGUUCGAUUACGAUUCCAUAAUGCUGUAUGGAGAGAGGACAUUCUCCAAAGAUGGUUGGACGAAGACAAUGACAGCCAAUGAAAAGGGACGAAAAUUGGUCGAUGUCUAUGAUAAAAAAGGACUUAGCGAUAGUGAUGUCAAACGUAUUAAGAAACUUUAUGAAUGCAAAUGAAAAUUUUUUUGAAUAUUUGUAUAUUAGUAUGCUAAAUAAUAAAAAGUCUAAAAA